UAGACGAGAGUGCGAUGUUAACAUAAAUGAUGGUAAUGGAAAUGUAGGGAAUGGCGCGAAUGCUGGUGGAACUAACAAGGGAAACAACAACGUCAAUAGCGAUAAUUGUGGAGGAGUAGCUGGUAGUAAUAAUGGAAACUAA